AUGGCAUUCCACACCAAUGUCAUACAUCAUGAGAAGAUAACACCUUACGAUUUCGCUGCUAUUUUUAACAAUGCUUAUGUUAAAGCUGCUAAUUUAGCAAAAGGUAUAAGUGGUUUCGCAUCGGCUGGGAUAUUCCCUCUUGAUCCGAAAAAAUUCACUGAAGAAGAUUUUGCAGUGCGACUAGAGGUUGAACAGAGAUUACCUGUUAUAGAAGACAAAUAUGUUGCUGUUGGUGCAGCCUUGAGGGAUACUUCAAUCUCCGGAGUCGAGGACAGCCCAACUACAGCCCGAAUGGAUACGGAUAUGAACGAAGACCUAACUCCAGAUCACAUAGAUAAGCAGCAUUAUGCAUCAUUGCGUUGGAAUGAUUCAAAGGAUCUACAUACAGCUAUCAUGAGAUUAGUGUGCCAGUUAACGGAUUUGAUGCUUGACGCUGAACAUUCAACAAACAACGAUAUGCAUAUUUGUUGGGAUGAUAACGAGGUUGGAAGGAUCAGGAGACUAAUUCGGAAAUACGAGGAAGGGCAGAAGUUGUGCACGCAGUAUCUACAAGAAGAUUGUACUAUUGAGCAGUUUUGUAGUGAUAUGAUUAAUUAUAAACUUAGAUCAUUUCUGUAUGAGAUUGCAAGAUACAACCAUUUCGAACAUAUAUCGACUACGUAA